AUGCCUGUCGCUAAGUACGCUUCUCACCUGGGCCUGCUUUCAAAACAGUGGGAGCAGCUGGGGAAAGGGCUACGUCUGAGGUUCAGUGAAUACAGCACCAGGCUGCUUGCGAUGCUCCAGCAGCAUUGUCCCUUCCACAGUUUACUGCAGGAAUGGAUGACAGGAAGACUGAGGACUCCUGACUGCAAGCAACCCAAAGCCCCCUUCUCUCCACAUAGGGCCUUGCUGCUCUGGCUCCUUUUACCUGCUCUCUGCCUCCCCAGUAAGACCCAGGCCUCUCUAUUCAGGGUGGGAGUGAUAGGGCCAUGGUCAUGUGACCCCCUCUUUGCCAAGGCGUUGCCUAAAGCGGCAGCACAGCUGGCAGUGGAAAGGAUUAACAAGGAUGAUUCUCUGCUGCUGGGUACCACAUUUGACUAUGUCAUCCUGGAGGAGGACUGCCAGACGUCCAGGGCUCUGAGCGACUUCCUGCACUACGGCACACAGGCAUCUGCCUUUGUGGGGCCUGUCAAUCCUGGGUACUGUGAUGCGGCCUGUCUGCUGGGCAAGAGCUGGAACAAGGCCGUUUUCUCCUGGGCCUGCGUUGGCCAAGAGCUGGAUGUCAGGACUCACCCCACCAUGGCCUGUACCACGCCCUCCCCCAGCUGGGUGCUGCUGCGCUUCAUGCGCCACUUCCGCUGGGCACACGUGGGGAUCAUCUCGUCGGCGGAAGAGAGCUGGGUAGAAACAGCUGGCAAGGUGGCAUAUGACCUGCGCAGCUACGGAUUCGCCGUGGGCAUCGUAGCCACUGUCAGCAACGACCCUGCCAGCAUGCGCCAGACCCUGGCUGAAGUCGAGAAUAUAGAACACCUCAGCAUGGUCAUCCUCUGCAUGCACUCAGUGCUGAUCGGUGGGAAAACGCAGAAGCUGCUCUUGGAGACGGCCCACGACAUGCAUAUGACAGAGGGCUCGCUGGUGUUCCUGCCCUUCGACACGCUACAGUACAGCCUGCCCUAUGACGACAUCCGCUACCCAGCUCUGCGCAACAACAGCAAGCUGAUCCGAGCCUACGAUGCUGUGCUCACCAUCACCAUGGAUGCCAAGGAGACAUCCUUUUAUGAGGCCUACCAGGAGGCCAUUGACCGUGGGGAGGUACCCGCAGACAUCAAACCCCAGCAGGUGUCUCCUCUAUUUGGAACAAUCUACGACUCCAUCCUGUUCCUAGCCACAGCAAUGCAGCGUAUGCAGGACUCGGGAGUGUGGUUGUCAGGGAGCAACCUGGCCCGGCACUCCCACAGCAUGGCCUUCUACGGUUUCAACCAGGAAAUCCUCACCAACAUCACUGGUGCAAGCCUGGUAAACUUUGUGGUGCUGGACACUGACGGACGCUCCUGGGAGCUCUAUCCCACUCACAGCAUAGACCCGGGUACCGGACUGGUGAGAUCCCUGGGCAGAUUAAUUCACUACCCACAUGGGGUUUCCAAGGACUCCAGCUGCUGGUUCACACCUGGCAUCAUCUGCAUCGGAGGUGUAGAUCCAUUCUCUGUGGUAACGAUAUUCUUGAUCGUCUUCUCUAUGUCUGCCUUUUUGCUGGGGCUGUCUUACUGCAUAAGACGACGAAUAAAUCAGAUCAGGCUGGUCAGGGGUACCAACAGGAUCAUGCUAACCUUGGAGGAUGUCACUUUUAUCUACCGAUCACUAAGCAACAAGAAACCGAGUUUGGAUGGCAGCAAGGCCAGUGAGGGGAGGAGAAGUUUUUCAGAAGCAGAACGCAGCCUUAAAUCUCCCUUCUCUGCCUCUACUCUGUCUCCAGCCACACCUGAGAACUCUAACGUGGCCAUCUAUGAGGGAGACUGGGUUUGGUUAAAAAAAUUUCCAGAUGGAAAUUUCAAGACCAUCACCCCAAAAACCAGUGAUGUCUUCGAACUGAUGAAGGACAUGAGACAUGACAACAUCAGCCCUUUCCUGGGGUUCUUCCAUGACUGCAACAUCUUCGCCAUCGUCACAGAGUUCUGCUCCCGGGGCAGUAUAGAGGACCUUCUGCGCAAUGAGGACGUCAAACUGGACUGGAUGUUCAAGUCCUCACUGCUGUUGGACCUCAUCAAGGGCAUGAAGUACUUGCACUACAGAAACAUGUGUCACGGAAGGCUCAAGUCACGCAACUGCGUGGUAGAUGGUCGCUUCGUACUCAGAGUCACUGACUAUGGCUACAACAAGGUUCUGGUGUCCCAGAGAUUUCCCUAUGUGGAGCCUCCCGCAGAGGAGCUGCUGUGGACAGCCCCAGAGAUCCUGCGUAGCUCCUGUCCAGGGCAGACCGGCUCCAUGCCCGGCGAUGUGUACAGUUUCUCCAUCAUUAUGCAGGAGGUGGUGAUGCGUGGGCCUCCCUUCUGCCUGGCCAAGCUGUCUGCUGAGGAGCUCCUCCUGAAGAUAAAGAAGCCCCCUCCAUUGUGUCGUCCGGUGGUUCCCCCUGACUAUGCACCCCCGGAGUGCCUCCAGUUAAUGAAGCUGUGCUGGAAUGAACAGCCAGAGAGAAGGCCUACCUUCAAUGACAUCUUUGACCAGUUUAAAAACAUCAACAAAGGGAAGAAGACGAAUAUCAUCGACUCCAUGCUACGCAUGCUGGAGCAGUACUCCAGUAACCUGGAAGAGCUGAUCCGGGAGAGGACCGAGGAGCUGGAGAUAGAGAAACACAAGACAGAGAAGCUGCUCACCCAAAUGCUGCCCCCGUCUGUCGCAGAGGCCCUGAAACUCGGCUGUACCGUGGAGCCAGAACAUUUUGAAAAUGUGACGCUGUAUUUCAGCGACGUUGUGGGCUUCACCACAAUCUCCGCCAACAGCGAGCCCAUUGAGGUGGUGGACCUCCUCAAUGACCUCUACACACUCUUUGAUGCCAUCAUUGGGGACCAUGAUGUAUAUAAGGUGGAGACCAUUGGGGACGCAUAUAUGGUGGCUUCAGGGCUACCAGUUCCCAAUGAGAACCGGCAUGCAGCUGAGAUUGCCAAUAUGGCUUUGGACAUCCUGAGCGCCGUGGGCACAUUCAAGAUGAGGCACAUGCCAGACGUGCCGGUUCGGAUACGCAUUGGCCUGCAUUCCGGGCCCUGUGUGGCAGGCGUUGUGGGACUGACCAUGCCUCGAUAUUGCCUGUUCGGGGAUACAGUUAUCACUGCUUCCCGGAUGGAAUCCACGGGGAUGCCACAACGCAUACAGGUGAGCUGCAGCACUGUGAAAAUCCUACUGGAGCUGAAGGCGGGUUACCAAGUUCAGCUGAGAGCGAGGACAGAAAUUAAGGGGAAAGACUUGGAGGAGACAUACUGGCUAGUAGGCAGGACCGGCUUCACCAAGCCUUUGCCAGUGCCACCUGAGCUAAAGUCAGGGCAAAUGGCACAACGCUUACAGAUGGAGGAAAUAGCUGAGUCCAAGAGGCGGAAAGCAGAAAAACAACAACUUGCUAAGAAGAAUAAGUGA